UCCGGAUUCUAUUCUCUCAUUUGGUUUGUGUGCUUCGCUUUCGCUUUCCUCAAUUCUCUUCUUCUUCAUUAUUUUUGCCUUUUCCCUCUUUUCUCCGCAAUCGGUUUCUUCUCUCAUUGUCUUUGACGAACAAUCUCUCUGAGCGUUUCUUUGCUUUCUCAACCAAAACUUCCUCAGAUCGAUUUCUUUUUUUUCUGGUUUCCAGCGUUUGCUACAUUGUUGAAAGUGGUGAGAGUCUCUUGAAUUGUCAAGUGUCAACUGUCGUUAACGCUAGGAUGCAGGGAGAGAGGGCUAGUCUUGGUUCUUUAUCAGAGGCCUUGAACUUUGAGCAUGGUUCUACAUCUAGUAAUGCUGUGAUAGAUCAGCAGAUUCGUUGGGAGAAUAUUCACAAUUAUGGUGAUAAUGAGUUGCAGGAUUACAUGAGUUCAGCUGCUGAUACAAAUCCUACUUUUGCAAACUCAGUUUAUCAUGAGCAACGGGGCUUACACAGGUUUAACAUUGGUGAGGCUAGCUCUAGUGGUACGAAGAACGAAGCCACUAGUCACACUGAACAGUGGAAGGGAAUUGGACGAUUUGAGGAGCGCCCUUUGUUUGUGCAACCAUCUAAUGGAAGCCGCGUGGUUCGCAAUGUCAAUCUAAAUGCAGAAUAUAAUGAGCAUCUUGAGGAUAUGAAUCCGGUCACAGGUCAUCCUGGUCAUUUUGAGGUUAAUGGACUCAGAUCUGGGCUGUUACCAGAGAACAGUGGUGUUAGAGCGGGCUCCUCUGUAGAUGGGCGUCGUGCAUCCUGUAAAAGAAAAGCUCUUGAUGCAAGCAUUGGUCAGUCCUCUUCAAGCGGAGGUUUCCGUGAGUUCCAGCAUGGAGAAUCCAGUUCUUGGAUCUCAGCUCCUGCGUAUUAUAGCCAACCAAUGGCAGCAAGUGAUUUAAACAUAUCUCUUGAUCAUGGUCGAAGGGGUUUGGUAUCUGGCGCUGUUCCAAAUCUAUCUGCUCCUGGCAUCACAGAGAGCUCUAGUAGAAAUUACUCUGUCUGGGUUAAUCCCGCAGAUCAACAAGAAACCGUAAGCCCAUCUGUCUUUGCUGCAGGAAGUGUUAGCAGACAACCGGUUGUUCCAUCCUUGAACUCACCAGGGCUUCUACCAACAGAUCAACAACUGAUCGACUUGAGAUAUGGACAUGCUUUAGGCAAUUUUGCUUCUCAGAACCCAAAUGCUCCUGCAACUCAUAUGCCCCCUGUUUCUAGAAAUACAUUUCAAUGGAACGCUAGCCCAGUGGCAGCGGGUUUAUCAUCGGUUUCUGCUACUCCUGUUGACAGAAAUGUUAUUCAUCGAGAUGAAACCAGACACAGAAGUAAUAGUCUAGAGAUUCCCUUGUUUGUCCCACCUCCUGAACUGAGAAAUGUGGUGCAUGGUCAUAUUAGCAGAAAUACAAGUGGUGCUAGACAUGUUGCAUCGUCUUCAUCCAGGACAAGUGUUCAGCCAUCACCGUCUAGUCCAGCAUUGAAUCCUUACCAGAAUAACGCACCACAUAAUCAAAGAAGAUUAUCUGAACACUUUCGUAGGUCAUUGCUUUCUUCCCUUGCUACACACCAGAGAGCUGCUCGUUCCUUGGUCCCUCCUUCCUCUCCGGAUGAGCAUGUGCUUCAAUCUGGUGGUGUUAACACCUCUCAGGUGCAUAAUCGGGCUUCCUCGAGAGCAGGUCCAAGACAAGGGCAAAAUGCAACUGGCAUUCCUCAUUCUUUGCGAGGCUUGGCAUCCACAAGUCGAGGAAGAAGCAGAAUGGGGGCAGCCGAGAUCCGUAAUGUCUUGGAGCACAUGCGUAGAGCAGGGAACUUGCGUUUUGAGGAUGUUAUGCUUCUCAAUCAGUCCAUGGUGCUAGGUGUGGCUGAUAUUCAUGACCGAUAUAGAGACAUGCGACUUGAUGUUGACAACAUGACAUAUGAGGAGUUGUUGUCUCUAGAAGAGCGGAUUGGAGAUGUUUGUACCGGUUUGAAUGAGGAAACCAUAUCAAACCGAUUGAAGCAGCAGAAAUACAAAAGUAGUACCAGUUCUCCACAAGAAGUAGAACCAUGCUGUAUUUGUCAGGAGGAAUACAAGGAAGGAGAAGAUAUAGGAAUGUUGGAAUGCGGGCACGACUUCCAUAGCCAAUGCAUCAAAGAAUGGCUGAAGCAGAAGAAUCUUUGCCCCAUUUGCAAAACAACGGGAUUAAACACUGCAGAUAAGCCAACAAGAUAAUGAUCCAGUUCUAACCAUUUGUCGAAUCUUCAACACCAUUGCAGCCUCAUCAGAACACUGCAGGCAAGUUGGUGUCUGCGUUUGGGGUUGACUGAAGAUAGGAAUGAAGGGAAGUAACUGAA